AUGUUUUGGAGAUUCGGAUUCCAUAAUGCAUCGGCAAUCGACAGUUUGCUUGAUAAGGAGGACGUCGUGCUCGAAGCCAUUUUAGACGAAGAUGACCUUUUGCAGGAGUGCAAAGGCCAGAAUACAAGACUCCUCAGUUACUUCGAGCGGGUGGAUGUCCUUCAGAAGUUGUUGGGAUAUGUAACAGGGCAGAUUGAGACUGAGGAGAAGGGCCGUUUCAAUGAAAUAUGGUCUAUUGUAGAGACAUGCAUCGGCGAGCAGAACCAGCUUCUGGUGCCCUUCUGGGAGACAGUCCUUGAUAGAUCUCCGGAUGACAUGAAGACGCAGAUGAUCAUGGCUUCUCACUUUGCCAAAGUGAACUCUGUCUUCAUGACGAAAAAACCUGUCGAGAUGCUCGCAUUUAUUCAAUCCCAACCCAACAUUGUGGAACGCUUGAUUCGACACAUAGAAACGCCUUCUUUUGUAGAUCUCAUUGGUCGCAUUAUACAGCUGGAUGAGGUGAUUCCGAAUAGUAACGUACUUGAGUGGUUAUCGUCCGAAAAUCUCAUGGGCCGUCUCAUCGAACUCCUCUCACCCUACCAUACACCUUCUGUGCAUACCGUGGUAGCCGAUCUCGUCAAAAACAUAAUAUCAAUGGCUACACCUUCACCAGGUGCAGUUCUCACUGAGGGGCUCCAAAAUGGACCAGCUUCCAAUCGAUUUGCUCGAGAGCUCGCAGGGAGAGAAAACAUGAAAAAGUUGGCCGAUUACAUGCUCAACGAUUUUUCUUCUGACAGUUGCAAUACGCCACCAGAACAUGACAGUCAGGAUGAGGGUACCCUUCUUUCGCCCACGUUUGAAUCUUCGACCUCAUCCGUGGUACAAUCUAUCGCGGUCAUCAUUGAGCUAAUACGUAAAAACAAUUCGGAUUACUUUGAACCGUAUCUCUUCCACGCCUUGCGGAAUCGUCUCAUCCAUGCUCAACAGCAAUCACACCUUGCAGGCGAGGACCUCCGCGCAUCUCUGGAGCAAGUUUUGCAGGAAAUGGUACACAGGAUGGGAGUUGUACACCUGGGUCCUAUGUUGGAAGUACUGUCUUCACGACUUCACGAAUUCCAAAAAUACCUCAAAUCACCUCGUUCAUUGCAAGGGCCAAUAUCAACUACUAUUGGUAGAAUGACCCCCUUUACACUCGAACGAUAUCGCAUUGUCGAACUAUAUGCCGAGCUUCUACACUGCUCUAACAUGUCACUCCUGAACCGCUCUGCUUUGUUUUCCCGAGUGUAUGAUUCUGAAGGCCGGCUACAAGGAGGUUUAGCAGGGUUAGAAGAGCUCGCCCAAGUUAUUGCGCUCAACAGUGGCAAUGACCGUGAAAGCGAUGAGAUGGAUGAAUCGCCCGACGAGCCGACUCCAUCUCUAGCCUUCCCUGUCCGCCAUCCGUCAGGAGACUCACCCUCGCUCGACUCUGACGACGAUAUGACAGGUUCAGAUGACGAACCUGGAAGCUCAGACGACGAGGCGAUGGAGGAAAUUGCAAUGUACGACGAGCCGCUUUCACCUAUACCCUUUGCCCAACCGUUACCUUCUUCCUCGACUAUGGCGGUGGCAUCUUCACCUGAAGCGCUUUCACUGUCGAGUAGUCCGCAGACAGAUUCCAAGGCCUCGUUGAAUGUCCCAAAUCCCGGGUCAAGUCCAGAAUCUGAUGGGCCAGGUAUGAGCGGUAGAUCGUCAGGUCGGGGAUCAAGACGAAGCUCGCGUUCGCGGAGAAGACAUACGAUGGAGCAAUCUACAGAGACAUUACUACCUGUUGGCGAACAACUAAAACGUCGAUGGCUAGAUCAAAAUAUUCUGGGUACUAUGAUAGAUAUGUUUUUCGAAUUCCCCUGGAACAAUUUUCUUCACAGCACGGUCUAUGAUGUUGUACAUCAGGUUAUGACAGGGGGUUCUGAAGGAGGCUAUAAUAGGGAACUCAUUAUUUCUCUUUUCCGCGAUGCAAAAAUACUCCACCGUAUUAUAGAGGGCCAAGCACUGAAUGAUUUGGAAAGCGCGAAACCAAAAGGAGUGCGAUUAGGUUAUAUGGGCCACCUUAUGCUCAUUUCAGAAGAUGUCAUCACAGCAAUGGCCAGGUUCCCUCCCGACCUUCGACUUAUCAUCAUCCAAUACGCACCUGAGCCAGAAUGGGACAAUUAUGUCACCGGGAGGUACAACGAGACAAAGCAGGAGGAGAACAGGCGUCUAGGCGGCGGCAAGCCCGUGGUCAACUCUGCUGCGGCACGAAAUAUGGCCCAGUGGAAAGUCGAUGAGAACGAACUUGCUGGGGAGACGGAUGUGAAAGGUGUAGAUGAUGGGCAACCCAAGGGCGAGUUCAGACGUGCAGCGAGCGUUGGGCCGUCGGGUGUCACGCAGACGGCUGACUUUGGGCCAGCACCUGUCGACGAAGAUGAAGAUGAGGAUGAGGAUGAAGAUAAUAUAUCUUCUACUCGAGCGCCUCAUUUUGCCAGAUAUCUCGCCCAGGAGAUGGGUAAUUCAGAUCAAUUUGGGUCCUCAUCCGACGAAGAUGAUGAAGAUGAAGGGUGGUUAACACAAUCAACUUUCGGCUUGAAUCCUGCUCCUGUGGCAACAAGACCAUUCAGCGAACCAAGAAGACCUCUGAGUAGUAAUGGGUUUGGAGAUGCCUUUGACCCUAACAGUACUCCAUCAACACGUACUGCAAUGACAGAGGAUCCAUUCAGCUCCCAAGACGACGACGACGGAUUUGGCCCCUUCUCGGACACAGCCGCCGCGAGCGGCGACGGAUUUACAUUCAGUUCCUCCUUUUCCGACGAAGAUUCGUCUUUUGAAUCCUUCGGUGACUUUGGCGACUUCCAGAGUGCAGAGACGGAGACUCUUGAUGAGGGCGAGUCCACGACUCCUACAACGACAACGGGGAGCUGGACAUUUGCGCCAGGGCAUGAGUUUGGCGUGGGGUUAGAAGAGGUGUCCAAUCAUGAACAGGGGAAGGGGAAGGAUAAAGCGAAAGAGAAAGGUACAGGGAUAGGGACUGAAGGAUCCUCGAGUUCGACAGCGACGUUAUCGUCCUUGUCAUCUACAACAACAGCAAAGGACACUUCAAACUGA